AUGGACGCAUCGAAAUUGAACCUUGUUGUGGCUACCGCAGCCCUGCAAGGGAUAGGUUACAACUCGGACCGGCUGAGGCAGUUAUUCGAAAGUAGUUUACUGCAGACGAAGGAAACGAAGGAGGCAGAGCCAGAUCACGGAUUUUUCGAAGGUCCAGGUCACCUUUCAGUCGACGGCUCGAAAGUUGCCAAGUUCAGUCCAGCGUUAAAUCUAUUCAAAUGCAUAUAUUGUGGAGUGACUGGCAACGUUCAGAGAUUGGCAGAACACUAUCUCGCCUCUCACGUCGAUACUUCAUCCCAAAUUUUCAAAUGCCCAAAUUGUCCCUACACAUCGACUUUGGCGAGGUGCGUGCGUAUGCAUCUCACCAAGCAGCAUGGUCUGACCGAAAUACCCCCGGAGCUGUGGGCGUCAGCUCAUCCUCUGCUUGCUGAAACGACGAAACUCCUAAACGAUACGAAGACCUUCGUGAGCAUCCAGUCCUCUCCAAGGGCGCUCGUCGGCAGCAUGGGUAUGGUUCAAACGCUAGCGAACCAGAUUCCGCUGCUCCCGCUCCCGAACAAAAGUCAAACGGGCAAAUCCAAGGUCAGCAAUAAUCCCCCAGCGGCAAACGGAGGGAUGGUCAAGAAAAGAUAUACCUGUGAACGAUGCGCUUACUCGACCGAUAGACGCGAUCUCUAUAAUCGACAUGAAAAUAUCCACAAAGAAGACAAGCCGUUCCAUUGCUACGUCUGCCAUAAGUUGUUCAAUCGGGCGGAUCACGUCAAGAAGCACUUUCUGCGAAUUCACAAGGGUCGGCCCUAUGAUGUUGCGUUGAUUCGGAGACAGACCGCCAACAUGGGUGGGAGCCUAGGUGGCAAUGCUGCGAGCAGCGUUGUGCCCGCUACAGCCUUGUCUUUGGCUUGCCCGGAGCCAACGAACGGUCUCAGCGCGCCCUUUGCGUUAGCCUUGGCUCAACAAGCCGCCCAGACCAUCCAGGGUCACAAGCAGUCUUCUGCCGUGCCACAACAGCAGGCGCAACCCAGUCCGGUGAAUGUGAGCCUAUCGAUAGGCGCGCUCGUUGCUCCGACGGCGGGCACCGAUGUUGUUGUCCCGAUAGGCCCAAUCACUCCAGCGAAUGAAGAGACGAUCAAUCCGCUGAGAGGGAUAUCACCGCCACCGGCAACACCACCUCUGUCGAAGUCUUUCGCGACUAUCAAACGGAAAGCUGAUUCUUCAACGUCGACAAGCAAAGUGCUUGUUGAGACCCCAGAGUCUCCCGUAGUCUGUCUCGCGAAGAACACGGCGUCAGACCGCGUAAUGGAACGGCAUGUUCGAUCUUCCCUCUCGAAAACAAUCAGACAGAAAGCCGUGGAGCUCAAAAUCCAGGACGGCGUGACACCCGGAGCGAAAACUGUCAGAGAAAACCAGAACAGACUGAAAAAGAAGGAGUUGCGAGGCUCUCCGCAAUCAGCUGACUCUACGAAGCAACCCGUAGAGUCGUCCACGGAGAAAACUUCGGACUCCGCUGCUCUGGUUCGUCUGCGCUCGAGGUCGUCCAGUCCCUCGUCGACGAAGAAAGUUCCGUCUUCGUCGUCUCCAUGUGAUCCAGCCCCGUCUAACUCCCCGAAGAAGAGAGAUUCUGCCGUUUUGGACCCCAGUCAAGUGAAGGAGUAUGCUUGCGAGCUUUGCUCAUGGAAAGGAGUAGACGGCUGGGGCCUGCGGCGCCACUUCAACACGCAUCUCAAACCAUUCCGCUGUCAGUUUUGUGACUACAGGGCUGCCCGCUCUGAGCGUCUAGGUGCGCAUGUGCUCCGAGUUCACGGUAAACAUCUCUGCGCGAAAUGUGAUCUCAGUUUCAUUGAUGCAACAGCUCUGGACAAUCACGUCAGAACUGAACACCGAUCAACGAACCAAUACACACGACCUCGUCCCGCAAGCUCCGCCGGCAGUGCAACAGGGAGUGGUGGAGCUAGCGGAUCGGGUGAAAGUCCUACACCUCUUGACGACGACUCGACUGAGAUUACCACCGAAUUCGUCGAAAAAGACGAUAGCUUGAUGAUGGUCGACGACCGGGAUGUUGACGAGGGCGAGACCAUCUUCCACUGUCGCUGGUGCAUUCUGAGUUUUGCCGACAAAUUAUCCCUCAAAUACCAUUUGGAGACGAAGCAUUCUGGAGCCCCAGUCGGAAACAUCAGCAACGAUUCGAAUGAGUUCAGCCCCGCAUUCCCUUAUCAGUGUACGAUCUGCGGCUUCAAGUGUUUCACUCAAGGCACCAUCAUGGAUCACAUGCGUAUACAUUCGGGCCAACUUGCUCGCUGCCACGCGAACGAUGGCGGACCUCGAGGCGCCCCGUGUGGUUUCUCAACACCUUUCGAUCCGGAAUUGACGCGCCACGUCGCCAAUCUACACGGUCAGAGAGGGGGACAUUGUUCACAGUGUCUGCAUUGUGGCCUCAUAGUUAAUAGAGCGGAUGAGUUGAUGGACCACAUCACUGAGCUUCAUCACCUGAAGCCUCUCGAGUGCAACGUUUGCCGCAAGGCGUUCCUCGAAUUCUUCCCGGAGUUCUACGGUCGCGUCUGUCCAUCGACAGCGCCGCUCUCCGAUCAAUACACCCACUUGCCACAAUUCCUGGCGAGCAACCCGAGCGGCUUCUUGGAGAAGCUGCUCACAGACGUCUACAAAAAUCUCACCGAACAGCGAUCGCUGGACGCGAAGACAGCUUCCAUAAUUUUGUCAACCAUUCAUAAACUGAAGGAUACCAAAGUUGCGAGGGUCGGCAAGCCGGAAAGGGCGAAGGUACUGAGGAAGACCAAGCAGUCGAAAAGCAGCGUCCUGCUGAGACGUCGCAGUUUCCAGUGUUCACGUUGUGCGAGCAACAGAACCUUUUUCACUUAUGGCGCUAAGAAAGUGCAUCUACUGUUAAAACAUUAUACACUAAAGAAAUAA